AUGCAGGUGUACAUCAAAGUAGCGGACCUUGUGCAAGCAAUAGAGACGAUCGAUUAUGGGGACGCCAGCGAGGGGCCAGUGUCUUUGCCAACAUCUAAGGCAACAGACAGUUUUGACAUGCCGAAUAUUGCCUACGCGGUUGCGAAUCAUUUGAAGAUCGAAAGUCGGCUAGACAGAUACAAGCUCGAUCCCAGGCUUUUCAUCAAGCAUCCCGAAUUCCUCGAAAGCACUGGGAAACUCAUGGCACAGGGUACGCCACUACGGCCAGAGUACUCAUCGUGUCUCUCUUUCCCCGCCUCGAUAGAUACCAAGACAGCAUCUUCAUAUCGCAACUCUAUUGCCUUCACUUGCUUCAACGUAUAUGAAAGCCAAAGAUAG